UAAAGGUAAACGAACCGAAAUCAAAGGUUAAAUCAUGUUAUAUAUAUGUGUGUGCAAGCAGAGUUUCACUUUCACAACCCCCUCUUCUCUUAAUCAUCUUAAAUAUUUGAUUAUUCUUAAUUCCCAAAUUUAUCUCUUCCUUCCAUACAAGUUGCACGUACACAAGCAAGCAGGAGAGUGGAAAACGUGGACGUGUUUGAAGUGGAAAUGGCGAAGAGCAGUGAGAUUGGAGUGCAUAAAGGCAAAGCUAAGAGAGUACAUAAUAACAAUAUACCACAUAUUAGUGAGGCAAAACAACAUCUCCGUGAUAACGUUGUGAUAUCCAUCCAACAAAUAUUGAACCAAAUGCAUCCUGCUAGUAUGGAUUGUAGCAUCUAUCGAGUUCCCCAACAACUAUGCGACAUGAAUCCCAAAGCAUACAUCCCUCAAUUCAUUUCCAUAGGCCCUUUUCAUCAUUCUAAAUGUCAAAAUAAUUCUAAAGGCACACAAAAGUAUAAGCAUUACGGCCUUUUUAACUUUUUGCGGCGUAUUAAUAAUACUGAGAUCAAGGAAGAAGAAGACGUUAUGACAAAAAGUAGAUCAUUUCAACCUAAAACAUUGAAGGUCUUGGUGGAAAAAGUUCAUGAUUGGGUGGAAAAGACUCGCUACUGCUUUUCAGAACCUAUAGAUUACAUGGACGAUCAUAAUUUUGUUAUAAUGAUGCUUAUGGAUGCUUGUUUCAUCGUGGAAUUUUUUAUACAAAUGUAUGACGAUCAAUUUGAUCAGGAUGAUCAAUUCCCUCUAAUCAGUGACAAGGUAAAUAUUUUAUCACUGUUUCCCGAAAUAACCGAUUUUAUAAUGUUUGACUUGAUCAAAUUGGAAAAUCAAGUUCCUUUCUUUCUUCUUCAACAUGUGUUUGACAUGAUACCACGACAUAAUCUUCAUGUGUCCUUUAUAGAUUUGACAUACUGUGCUCUUCGGAUUGGGUUCAUAUUUAACUAUAAGAUUUAUUCUUUCGACUACGACUUCGUUAAGAAGGAUCUAAAGCACUUGGUCCAUUUCUUAAGCUUAUACUUCAUUCCCCCGCCCACUACUAAUGAUAUGAUCCAGAACAAGAAGAAGAACAAUUAUAGUUUCUUAAGCUUCUUCAGCAGACUUUUGUGUUGCGAACUUUGUCAAAACCCUGAUAAGGAAAACAGUGAUCAAGAAUUUUUGUCUCCUCCCUCCAUAACUGAGCUCAAUGAGUCUGGUGUCACCGUCAAGAAAGCAAAAAAUGUUGAAUCCUUGAUGAACAUAACCUUCACAAAUGGGGUUUUGGAAAUCCCACCUUUGAAUAUUUGCGACGAAUUUGAACUUCUAUUUCGAAACUUGGUAGCAUUUGAGCAAUUUCAGGCAGGAAAUGGGAAGAUGUAUGCAACCCAAUAUAUCAUAUUUAUGGACAAUUUAAUAAAUACAAAGAAAGACGUACGUUUACUUGUGAACUCUGGAGUCAUAAUCAAUAAUAUUGGUGGCAGUUAUAAAGAAGUUUCAAAAUUGUUUAACAAGCUCGGUAAAUUUAUAUCUGGUAGCCCAACUUCUUCCGAGUUCAACGAUAUCAGUAAAGAUUUGCAUAAGCACUGUAAUAGAAGGUGGAACAAGGCGAAAGCUUCACUAAAACAUAACUAUUUCAAUACGCCAUGGGCCAUUGUCUCCUUCAUUGCUGCAUCCUGCCUCAUUCUUCUCACACUUCUUCAAACCAUCUUCUCUGGCUUCUCUGCAUUUCCCUAGCUAGUGUUAAGCAGGUUGAUUAGUGGUGUUUAAGUUAAAUAUCUAAUUGAUGGUUUGUUUGUUUUGUGUCCUCUUUGAUCUUUUGGUUAAUUAUGCUACUUAUAUAUCCUUGUACGUGUAGCUGUUGAUUUUGAGCUGUAUCGUGAAUAUAGAAAUAUUAUUUCAGUCCUCAUUCACGAGCCUCCAACAUAGAAUUAAUUAAAUGUGGGAGAAGGUAAAAUGAUUCUAUGGGCUGCAUCUCAUUGGGAAGGUUGUGUUAUGUUUAUUUUAAUAGAUAAAUUGUUGUCUUUAAUGUGUGUGAGUCCAUAAUGUAAGUAUUUUUUUUAGUUGGUAUCUCUAAUAUUCUAAAUUUUAAAAUGAGUAAAGAUUGAAACUUAAUUCAA